GAAGGGGGCAGGCAGUACCCGUGUUGCCUGGGGGAGAGUUCACACGUGCCUCCUCCGCGUGUUUGUGUGUCUUUUAGGGCCCUGGGUUUCAGAUAGAGAAGCAGGAAAGGCUGCUCAGCUUCAAGUCUAUUCUGACUUAUGGAGGCGAUUUGGUGAAGACCCAUGGCUUGUUUGAUGAAAAAGGACAAUGUCUACUCUCCGGAAUCAACCGUGUCUUCCCUGCUGGCAAACUGUAAUCUUCAUAGCAAUAGCAGCUCCUUAAACUCCCACAGUUCAGUUCAGUACAAGGACAAGUUGUAUCAGUCUGCAUCUCAAGCUCUAGAAGCAUACAUUGAAGAUUUUGAUCGCAGCUUUGUAUCGCCAGAUUUAAGGCCUGGGAAAAUCUGCAUCACUCAGAGUACUUCCAGAGACUUCAGGUCUUCAAAAGACAAUUUCAGUCACAAAUACGAGAAUUUAAAGCAGUGUGAAACACUAAAUUCAGUGUCUUCACAUCUAAGGAGAAAAGCUGCAUAUGAGCUGGAUCUGCUCAGUCUCACUACAGAUGAUCUCCUGGCAUUCCCUGCAGAUGGUUCUGCAUCUUUUAUCCAAUCUUCUGUCUUAAGACCAGUUGGUCCAGGCAGCAAUCUGAACAGAAAGUCACAGUCAGCAUCAGUUUCCUGUUUUCCUCACAGGACUUCAUCGUUUGGCCAUAAAGAAGAAUUGAAUCUUACAAAAAAUCCUGUUUCCUCUUUGCAUGGAAGUUCUAAUAGAAAAAUGCACACAAAACAUACAUUUCACAAAUAUGAUUCUGGGCUUCCUAGGAAGAAUCCACUGAUAAAACAAGACCCAGAGUUAGUUUCUCAUAACUAUCCAAGGUGGCUUACAAGCCAAAAAUCUGACUUGAGCAUUUCAGGGAUAAGCAGCAUUCCUGAUUUCAAAUAUCCAGCCUGGUUGAAGAGUCAUAAUCUUCUGUCAGAUUCAAGCAGUGAAAAUUAUAUCCUACCACACACUGAGGAGAGGGAUCCCACAUCUUUGCAAAAUAGGAAGAAGCUUACACGGAGUCAGUCUCAGGAUAGAUCAAACAUCUUGGGCAACAGUAAUAUGUUGGACAUGGAAUAUAAACAUGAUGUUAAAAAAAACUGUCAGUAUGAUACUCCAUCUCAGAACUUUAAAAACCACAUGCAUCUGUUUAAAGAUGAUGAUGUUGAUUUAUUACUUCAGAAGACAAGGAGAACUCUAGACACAUCUGCUGAGGAAUUAACUAGGUUCCUGAAAAAUGAUGGCAGCCCUUGUACAGUGGAUGUGCUAGAAGGAGAAAGAUCAUGGGAUAAUGUUCCAGUUGGUUUGAGGUCUCCAGUGCCUGUGUGCUGUGAGGAGGAGAACUCUCUGCAAAGCUCCAAAACAAAUAUUGUGAAUGGAUUUUUGGAAGAUUGUUUGAAGAACAGCAGCCAGGAGAGUACAUUUUCUGGAGGGAAUCAUCAUGGGCCUGUGGAAGCUUUGAAGCUAAUGCUAUUUAAUCUUCAAGCAGUUCAGCACAGCUUUAACCGGAACAAAACUACUGGACAAAAUGAGGAGUUUAAAAAAACCUUAGAUGAUGAUGUGGAAUUUAAUCUGUGUAAUCAUGAUACCAUACCUGUAAGACAGUCUCUUCAGAGGGCUUUGCAUCAUUUAUCUCGACUUAAAGGCCUGGUUGAAGAUACAGUUUGCAAAGAAGAAUCAAAAGAAUUCACCAAGACAUGAAGCAUAAAUUGUCAUAACUUUGUAUGUUGGGUAAAUUUUGAAUGCAGUUGAAUGAGAAAAUUUUUGGCAUAGUGUAAUUGUGGCCUGGACACUCUUCAGAAUCUUUUAAGGAAGCACAGUAUUUCUAUAACUCUUCAUUGUUUGAAUAAAUACAUCUAAAACAGGCAUGCAUAAGUAGCACUUCGAACUGACUGGAAUCUAAUGGGAUCUUCUAGCACUGAAAACAUCUUCAGAAACAUUCAGAAGAGCUGUACAGGCCUAUAGAAGGAGAUUACACUUGCCCAGUGGUACUUUUACCUCCUCUCCCUUCCGUAUCACAAACAAUUUUUAAAAUUCCCCUCCAUUUCAUGUAGCACACUGGUGACUAUUGCUGAGGAAGAAAACAAAAGUAAGGUUCUAAUGUGGGUCCAUGGAGUUUGUUUUAUAAUCUUUGAUAUUUGUGGUAACAGAAGCCUACAUGCUGGGGGGGGGGGGGGAGGAUAGUAUUACAUCAGUACAAAUAGAUUUUCUGUGCUCAUCCUGUGGGAAAUGGCCCCAGAAAAUGAAAAUGUUACCAUAAUAUCACUGCAAUAUGUACUUUUUGUGAGUCAAUAUGAUAUUUGUUAUGCACAAAUGAAAUAGACUUAAAUGUUUGGUUGAUUUGACAGUGCUGGAAGAAGUAAUCCACUUUUCUCAGAAUAUAGACAUUGCUCCCUGCCCUUGUAAUCAAGCUCAGUAUCAUAAGAUUAGAUUUCAGCAUAGGAAAAAUAUAUCCAAGAUGCGUAGGAUGGCGCAUCUCAGUUCUCUGGGAAAAUGUGAGAGUCAAGCUGUGAUGUCUAACACUUUUUGCUUAAAAGUGGCAUGCUGUGUAUGAAACUAUGUUGAAAACCAUCAGUUUUUGUACAGAGGUGGCUUCCAACACCUUUUCUUAAGAAUGUGGACAGUUAAAACACAAAGGACAAGUGCGUUCAUUAUUACCUUUCUAAGGAUGUUAUAAAAUGAGUGGGAAAUUACAGAAGCACCCUUAAAAGUUUCAGAAGCAGAACAUCUUUUGUUUAGGGUGGUGUACUGUCACCUCAUUAGUUGUUCCAAUUCUGAUGGAAUAUUUUUUGUGAUUAAAUGCUAGUACAGCCAAGUCAUUGUAUUUCCCAUUACCAUGUAUGGGUGUGAGAGCUGGACAGUGAAGAAAGCAGAUAGGAGGAAGAUUAAUUCAUUUGACAUGUUGUGCUGGAGAAGAGUUCUGAGGAUAUAGUGG